UUCCACAGCCGACAAAGGAAGGGUGACCGCUUAAACUACGACUUUCUGGGAGCUCCGAUUCAGUCUGAGAGGUCGGAUCCCGCUGUUCCCGCCCUCUUCACUUCUGGCUGACUUUGCUGACAGAUACUGUUUUGUUGGAUGAGCAGGCACCUCUGGAAGAAUCAGUUGAGUGAGAUGGUGCAGCCCAGUGGUGGCCCAGCAGGGGACCAGGACAUGCAGGGUGAAGAAUCUUCUCUGGGAAAGCCAGCAAUGUUACAUCUGCCUUCAGAGCAGGGUACUCCUGAGACCCUCCAGCGCUGCCUGGAAGAGAACCAAGAGCUCCGAGAUGCCAUCCGGCAGAGCAAUCAGAUGCUAAGAGAAUGCUGUGAGGAGCUGCUGCAUUUCCAGGUCAGCCAGCGGGAGGAGAAGGAGUUCCUCAUGUGCAAAUUCCAGGAAGCCAGGAAGCUGGUAGAGAGACUAAGCAUGGAGAAGCUUGACCUGCACAGACAGAGGGAACAGGCCUUAAAGGAUUUGGAGCACCUGAAGAAAUGCCAGCAGAUGGCUGAGGACAAGGCCUCUGUGAAAGCCCAGGUGACAUCAUUACUGGGGGAACUCCAGGAAAGCCAGAGUCGCUUGGAGGUUGCCACCAAAGAACGGCAAACUUUAGAGGGAAGGAUGCGAGCCGUUAGUGAGCAGGUUAGACAGCUGGAGAGUGAACGGGAGGUGCUGCAGCAGCAGCACAGCGUACAGGUGGACCAGCUGCGCAUGCAGAACCAGAGUGUGGAGGCUGCCCUGCGAAUGGAGCGUCAGGCUGCUUCAGAGGAGAAGAGGAAGCUGGCUCAGUUGCAGGCAGCCUAUCACCAGCUCUUCCAAGAUUAUGACAGUCACAUCAAGAGCAGCAAGGGCAUGCAGCUAGAAGAUCUGAGGCAACAGCUCCAGCAAGCUGAGGAGGCCCUGGUAGCCAAACAGGAAUUGAUUGAUAAACUGAAAGAAGAGGCUGAGCAGCACAAGAUUAUGAUGGAGACUGUGCCAGUCCUGAAGGCCCAGGCGGAUAUCUACAAGGCUGACUUCCAAGCUGAGAGGCAUGCCCGGGAAAAGCUGGUGGAGAAGAAGGAGCUUUUGCAGGAGCAGCUGGAGCAGCUGCAGCGCGAGUUCAGCAAACUGAAGGCUGGCUGCCAUGAGUCAGCCAGGAUUGAGGAUAUGAGGAAGCGGCAUGUAGAGACUUCUCAGCCCCCUUUACUUCCUGCAUCAGCUCACCACUCCUUUCAUCUGACCUUACCCAACCAGCGGAGAAGCCCUCCUGAGGAACCACCUGACAUGCGUUGUCCCAAGUGCCAGUAUCAGGCUCCUGAUAUGGACACUCUACAGAUACAUGUCAUGGAGUGCAUAGAGUAGAAGCAGCAGAUGUAAGGCCACUUGUAAUACCAUGUCCUGAACUAUGCAACUUAUGCUUUCCUGUUUCACCUGCAUAGUCCACAAUUAAGGGCUUGAUCUCAAAGAGCUGGCCCUAGGACCUAACAGGACCCUUGCUUUAGCUCUUUGGUCUGCUAGUUCCCCACUAGGGUAGACAGCCCUAGUCAGGAAUUUUUUUUUGUUUUUUUUCUAUGUGCCUGAGCCACUUGCCUCUGCUAGCUUCUUCCUCCCUCUUUUCCCAUUCUCCUAGGGGGUCUAGAAUGGAGGCCAGAGGCUCUCAGGGAGCACCCUUUCUCUAAGCAGGACUGGGUGCAGCUCUUCCUCCCUCCAGCUGGUACCUUUCUUGCCCUGAGCUGCAGGCUGUUCUCCCAGGGCAUAUGGCAUGUAAGGCCAUAACAUAUGUUGCCUCUGAUGGACAUUUGGGAAGUAUUCUGUCUUUUGCUACUGUAAGUAACGGUGCAGUGAAAGUACUUGUGCACUGAUCUGUGUGUACCUUUAAGACAUAUGCUUAGACAUAGCAUUGAGCCUUGCCUUGGAGGAGGUUGGUGGACUUUUGUGUUUCUGCCAUCUGCUAGACAUGCUGUUUUUUACUAAAGAGUAUGCCAAAGUGUCUUUUUCUGGGGUAUAUGGGCCUUUUUAAAUUCCACUCAUGUAACUUGGAUUUUCAUAUUUUCUACUCAUUUUCCUGUUGCAUCAUUGCCAUUUGUUCUUGGGCUCUGGGAAAGUUUUUGAUCAUCAGUCAGGUUAGCUCUUGUCUAUCACACAAAUUGCACACCUUGUUCCAUUUUGGUUGUGUUACUGUUUUGGGGCCUAGAAGCUGUUUAUGUACUCACACCCAUGCUUUCCUCCAUAUUUUGGCUUUGGAGUUAUGGCUGCUUUGUGGUCUGACAGAAGACUAUUUCACAUACAUGUUUUUCUUAUUCCAGCACCAGUGUGCUCUUGUCUUUGUGAAGCACAUUCUUGUCUUGUGUGAAUGGUGAUUUCCAUAGUUCAUCACACUCCAGGAGUUUGUGAUGGCAUGUUUUGCACCAGCCCAAAUGUUCUGUCUUGGGAACCAUUUAGUAGUGACUGGCAGAUUGUGAACAAGGAAACUCUUCACUUGUUUUGCAAGGCUGUAGACAUUUUCUGGAGCCUUACAGUCAUUGGUAUCAGCCUUGCAAUUCUAGUAAAGAAAAGGAAGUUGGAGUUGAGAAAGUAAUAGAUGUGCCUUUCUGACUCCUCAGAUCUGAAACCCUUCCUGCCCUCCUGAAUGCUUUCAUAGUUCUGAGUGGGAUCUGUAAAUCCAUCCCUGUCUGGGGCUUUUUUCACAAGACUUCUUGCCUAUUAAGGGUGAGAAGGCUGAGUAGAAUCAGGAUUUAAAAAGGGAUUUAAAAAGUAAGCCUGAGCUGGGUUCUUCCUCAGAAUUCUCAGGGGGUGGGGAGCAAGUUUUCCAUUUUCUAAUUCCUAGGUAUUUAUUAGACAGAUCUUUGGGAAAAUGUUAAAGGAACAGACAUGUUCUUUGCUCAUGAGGCCUUCAUUUAAAUACCCAUUCUAAUUUUCCUUCAGAAGUGCUAUUGGUUUGGUUUGAUUCAGUUCAGUUUUGUGGUGGUAUAUGGCAUUCCUAUAGCUGUUCUAAAAAUUCUCAGAGACUUGAAGUGGCAACAAAAAAAAUCAGUCUUUCAUGCCUGGAAGUCAGAUGUUAAGUUUCUUCUGAGAAUUAAUUCCAGGUUUUCUCCUUGCUUUUGGUUUCUGGCAGUCCUUGGUGUUGCUUGGCUUAUAGACCUAUCACUCCAAUCUCUGGUUCUCGUGCCUCAUGGUCUCCUCCUCUACUUCUGUAUUGUAGAUGUGGAGUCUGUCUGGUAAUUAAGGAGGAUCUCCAGCUCAAGACACUUACCUCACUACACCUACCAAGACCCUUUUCCCAAAUAAAGUCAUGUUCUCAAGUUCUGGGGGUUUGGACUUACACAACUCAGGGUAGGGAUAUCAUAAGAACCUGAGUAAAUGCAGCCAAAGACAUGUGCCUCUAAUCCUUGCAAUUCUGCUGGAGAGACUUGGUCUCUAGGGUGAUGGUGACCACUAGGCUUCAGAAUUUGGAGAAGGUCAGGCCUUUAUAGAUGCUACGCUCCUAGCAGGGCCAGAAGGUAUGACUGAGAAAGACAGGUAGGCUGCAGUGGGAGAGAGCAGUUGGACUGUCUUCAGUGGCUGUAUGGGGUUCAUGCUUCUUGGAUAAAUAGAGAUACAUAGGUACAUUUCUGACCAGCACUUUAUCCUGAAAGGGACUCAGAAAGGUGUGACCCAGGUUUCACAGCAGGAUCACCCGGGAGCUUGAAACAUUCUGGUUUGGGCUUUAUGGUCUGGUCAUGCCAAAAUAUCAGGGUGGCGCAGGUGGUGGUUGGGACUAAAUACCCUUCUCAGAAGGUUGGAGCCCUUGACACUUCCUUGCACUGAAGUGUGGUGUAUGAUUACUACACAUGAGAUAUCAAGGAUUUGAGAUUAUACCAUCUUCCCUGACAUGGGACAUGCUUCUUUCUUUUCUGGAAUUAUUUAACUAGACCUAGAAAAACUGGUUGUUGUUUUUUUUUUUCUUUCAAGGGAAUUAGCCUACUUGCUUUUAAGAGCUGUGCCCCUGGCAGACAGCUUCUAGAUUCAGACAGCUAGAAACAUGUCCUUCCCAGAAGUCCCGUUACUGUUACUUAUGCUCUCUUCCUGUUGGCCUAUGACCAAGAGAAAUCCAGAGAGUCAGUAAGAGACAGUGCAGAGUACUUUACCCACUGUAGUAACAAAUGAUAAGGUGCAGAUUGUAAGUAGAGAUGAUGUCAAAAUAGGAACAAUUGUAGUCCUGUGUGUGAUGCCAUCAGGCAUGGUGAGACCUUGCAGCAUUUGCCCUUUCAAGGGGUGGGUGUUUGGUGAGAUGGAGCAAGCACUUUGGAAACAUCCUCAGCCCUCUUUAUCUGACAGCUUGGUCCUCACAGUGACUACUUAAUUGGAGUGGCUCUCAUGGUACCAUGUUUGUCACUACCAAAGGCUGUGAUGAAAUAGGCUAUAUAUCUGUUGACACAGGCCUGCAUAGCCAGUAUUGUGAACAUUUUGUUACAUGGAACACUCUGAAGUAUGGUAUAAAAAGGCCAGAAGAUUAAAAAAUAGUGUGAAAUAAAGAAGACCUGCAAGCAUGCAUACUGUCCUCAGUUGGUGGAUGUAGGGGUAGAAUUUCCAGAAACAAAGUUUUUCUUUUGUUCUAUUUCUAUGCCUUUAAUUCUCAUGCAUUAUAUAGGAAGUAGCUGUUACACAUGCGUUUGAGGUUUCCUCUGCCUGACUGAGAAAAGCUCAUUGUUGACACAACAGGGUGGUGCAAGGGGCAAAAAUCAACUAACAUGGGGCCUGGAUUUCCUGUGAGUGCAGCAACAAAGUACCACAUGUUGGGGGCUUAGGCAACAGAGAUUUCCUGUCCCGCCUAUUCUGAGGGCAGGGGUCUGAGAUAAGUGUGGGCAGAGUGGGUUCCUCAUAAGAGAUAACCCAUUCCAGGCCUCUCUCCCACUGUGUAGCAGGUCCCAGCAAUUCUUAGUGCUCUCUGGUUGGACCUGCAACUCUGGCUCUGCCACUUUUGUCACAUGGUCACUUUAUGUGUUUCCUUUUUUAUAAGCAUAUCAAUGUCAAACAAAGGUGAAUAUUUGGUAACAUGAAAACAUUUUGUUCAGUAUUUAGUGAUUGUACUGUGAAUUCUAAUUGGUCUUAAUAAUAAAAACCCGGAGUCAGAUAUUAGGGGGUGAAAGCUGAAAGAUCAGAGAAGCAGAGUAGCCAGCCACUAGUUCUCACCUCUAUGAAAUCCUCAGACUCCUGUUUCCUCCCAGUUUAUAUGCCUCUCUGGGACAGCGAUAUCACUUCCUGUCUCCACCUCCCUAGUGCUGGAAUUAAAGACAUGAGAUUUCAAGUGCUGGGAUCAAAGGUGUGAGCUCUGUUUCUUUUGUACUGGUUCAAUCUCACAUAGCCCAGUGUGGCCUUGAACUCCUGAUCUUCUUGCUUAGACCUCCCAAGUGCUGGGAUCAAAGGUGUGUGCCACCACUGCCUGGCCUCUGUGGUUAACUAGGUGGCUAGCACCAUCCUUUGAUCUCCAGGCAAACUUUGUUAGAGCACAGACAAAAUAUUAUAAGUGACAGUGAUAGAAAGAGCCAAUCUGCAGAGAUGGUCAGAAUAUCAUGAGUGUUUUAGGUUUGGAGCUGUGGUCAACAUCAUGGAUAUGGAGGACAGAGGAAGAGGCAUCUAAUGACUACUGGGCUUUGGUUUUUCACACCUGGGUACCUGGGCCAUCUGCCUACCACCGGGAAGACUAGGGAAAGGGAUGCCAGAGUUGUGAGAGAGAAACAGUUCAGUGUUCAGUUCUGAUCAAGCCAGGCUCAGUGUGAGAUGUCCUGGGUCCCUUCAUCUUGCCUUGAUUUGUUAGGGUGGUUUCACGUUGAAACUCCAGGCUUUUCAUUUAUCCAUUGCUUACUGGCAAUCAGUGUGAUCUGGUAAAUCUGUUUCCAUUUUGCUUAAUGUCCUUCACUGAUUUUCUGUUUCUUCAGAUCUAAACUCCAUCCUCAGCCUUGUGUUGCUCUAACUUCAUAUCAUCUUCCCUAAAGGCCCAGCCCUUCCACACUGGCCUUUUUUUCUUUUCCUCAAACCCACUAGUACUUCUGUGUUUUAAGGUUUUUGCCUCUGUUGUCUCCUUUGCUGAGAAGGCUCUGUCCUCUUAUCUGUACAGUUGAUUUUUUUUUGUUAUUCAGAUCUAAGUGUAAACAAAAGUUCUUUCAUCUGAAGUCUUCAUCCUAAAUCACAUUACCUUCAACUUAAUCACGUUGCUCACUUCAACAAAACUGACCUUUUGUAUUCUGUUGUUUCUUCCCUCCCACUAGAGGGAGAAAGAAGCCUUGUCAAUUCAAUUUAGUAACACUAUACAGGAGCUCAUCACAGGGAUACUCUGUGUUUACUGAUGGCUGAACUUAUCUGACAUGACAUCAGGAUUCCCCUGCUAAUAUUUUCAGAGACAUCACCUAUCACCACAAUUGGUGAUUUAUAGAAGUUAUUAUAUUAAUGUACUAGAAAUGAUAGUACAGAAAUCUUAUUUUAUAACUAUAGUAACUGUAGCUUUUUAUUUUGGUGCUGAGGAUGGAACUUGGCCUCUUGCACAUGCUAAGCAUGCAUACCACCACUGAGCUACAGUCUCAGUUUAUUGGCUUUUCUCUGUAUCUCUCUACUCUUUUCUCUGAUAGUCCCAUUCUGUAGCCCUGCCUAACUUGGAAUUUAUUAUGUAAUUCAGAUUGGUCUUGAACUUGCAGCCAUUCUUUUGCCUCAGCCUCUCCAGUGCUAGGAUUACAAAUAUGUUCCACUAUGCCUGACUAGCAUUUUUCAUUUUGUUCAGAAUUUAAAUGGGUAUCUGGACGUAGUGGUACACACAAUUCUGGCACUUGAGAGGAAGUGACAGGGAGAGUACCAGGAGUUUGAGGCCAGCUUGGGCUACAAAGUGAGACUUGGUUUCAGAUAAGAAAAACAGAAUUUGGGAGGAUGGACCAUGUGAGCUUCAUAAUGUAUAAAGGAAACCAAUUCUGUGGUCAUAUGGGCAAAUCCCAGUCUGAACAUUAAUGAAAUCCCUGAGCCUUUGCUUUCUUAUCUGUAAAACUGCAAAUCAAUUUUAGUUUAGACCCAAGUCUAGAUUUUCCAUUAGGUUUUGAGUGCUGGUAAGAAAGUCAGUUAGACCUGUCUGGUAGAGCAUGCACUUGAAGUUGAAGCAGGAUGCUAAUGAGUUCCAGGCUAGGCUAGGCUACAUAGCAAGAUUCUCUCAACACAAACAAAAAGUCAAUUGGUGAAUUCCUGGAGAUGAGUGGGGUGUAGAGAGAGUGAUAGUUUGUAGGUACAUAGUUCUUUGGG